AUGGCAACGGUGGGAUGCGAACUGCGCCGCAAAAGCGACUGGACGGCACCUUCGGCUUCCUCUUCUUCCUCGGCCGCUUCAGCCGGAAUAGUGGAUGAAGGCUCCGCGGAUGGGGCAGGCAGCGAAUGGUGGAGAUCAGCGUUCAAGAACUCACCGGCCUCGCCGGCCUCUGCCUCUUUGGCGGACAUUUGA